GCACCAGGCCCCUUCCUGAUUAGACUCUGCCCAGAGACUCAGUGGCAGCCGUACUCCAGCCGGACUGGGAGGUCACAGCACAAGGAUAUUUACUCAGGCCUGCCCUAUCUCAGCUCUUUUCUGAUUACCAGACUUUGAGGAACUGCAGGGAAAUAUGCGUCCUUUGCAGGUGGACCGGGUUAAGGCUUAUCACCAGGGCAGGAGCUCAAGCAGGCACCUGGAGGCAGAAGCUGAAGAGAAACCAGAGAGGAAAAACGCUUACUGUCUCCUUUCCUCUGGCUUGCUCACCUACUUCAGAUACUGAGCGUGUGGGUGUGUUUCUGGGAGGGCCACCUGGCUCUCCCUAUAAAGCUGUGGGCUUUGUAGCUCACUGUGGCUCCUAAGCAGAGAUGUCCUGGCAUCCAGGACGCCCUCUACUGUGUCAUUUUAACGAACAGUUGGAAUCACCUCUCAUCCUUGCCCUGCUUUUCCAAAGCAAUACGGUACUGGGUGUGAAAGAAUCAGACUAACUUUGUAACCUAUGUUUCUUUUAAUUGUCUUAUAACUUAUAUUUGCAAGUUUUAGGCCCAUGUUAAUUAAAGCCUUUUAGUGCUUCUCCAGAGAACCGAGGAAUGUAAAAGUUCCUGACAUUAGCCAUCUGUGAGGGCAGAGAUAAGAAAGAGAACAAGCAGAGAUCUCUACUAAAUGGAAAAAAAAAAUCGCCGGUGAGAUGGGCUUUGUUUGGAAACUGGGCCAAAUGGCCCCAAUCCUUCUCCUGACCUUUGAUCCAAAGCCUGUAACCCCCACUCCUCAGAACAGACAUGGGAUGAGUUAAUCACCCUCCCACAUUUAACUGUGGAUGGCAGGAAAUUCCAAACUGACUUGAAGAUCAGAUAUUUACGACAGGGCUGACUGGACCUAAGGGUGACCAGAACUAACCAAUUAUUUUAAAAGUUAAACAUUUCAUCCAAUCCUAAAUUGCCAAGAAGUCAACCCCAGGAGAUUCCCGCCUUGUGUCUUAAAAACCUAAGGUUUUUGUCUCCCGGUGCCACUCCUAGCUGACCAGCAGGGGUGACCCCAUUGUACAAUGGUCAAGAAGAGUCUCUUGCGUUUUUGCAUCGAUGGAUGAUUAGUUUCCUGAGUUCUCUUCAUACCUUCUUAUAUUUAGGCUCUUGCUGGGCCUAACAGGUGCACAGGGGCUGUUGGGCACGGAGCCGACUGUGCAAGAAGGAAGAUGUUGGCCUCUAAGUCAUUCGCCAUCUGGUUCACAUUUAAGUGGACGACUCGGUCCAACUCCCAGGACCUGUUUUGAGGAAGAGAUGCAACACUGCACAAAUAAGAGACCCGCAUGAGUAAAACAGGCCACUUGGCCAAGGCCCCCCGCAAGAACUUGUCUCCCUAGUCUGCCCAAGACUUGCCCCAUAGAAACAUGGCGUUUCUCGUAACAUGCACCCGAGGCUUCUGUUGUUUUUAUGUCCCUGGCUCUUUACAAGAGUAAGCAUCCUGUAGCAAAAACAUUGGCGCACUUCAAAGUAUUUGAACACUACAGGGGAAGCACUCGCCGUAAGCACCGCACCCGCGCACGCGCUACGGGAGGUACUUCCGGGGAUUGGCUGAACGCAAUCCACGAAGCCUUGGCUUCUAUUUCCGCCCUGCGUGGAGCACUUCCGGAAGGCGGUUCCUCUAGUGUGGCAGCUCUGCUAUCCCGCGGAAACCUCCUGCGAAGAUGGGGAAAGUGAGGGCGCUGCGUGCUCGUGUUCACCGGGCAGCCGUGAGGCCCGACGGGGAGGCUGCACCCGGCUCUGUGCCCCGCGCUUUGGAGCCGGCCCUCCCACAAGCCUCGGCGGCCGUAGCAGGGGCAAAGGACUGGACAUUGGUUCAAAAUGACAUCUUUGCCAGGACACAGAUAGACCCCAGCGCCUUGGUGCAGAGCCUGGAGCUGGACCAGAGGAGUGUGAUAUCCCUAAAGAGAGGUACAGAGCCAAAGGCCAUUUUGCCUAAGAAGGAAAAGCUGAGGCUUCGCCGUGAGCGAUGGCUGCAGAAAAUUGAAGCCAUAAAGCUGGCGGAGCAGAAGCUCAGGGAGGAACAAAAGCGCAAGGCCAUGGUGGUGGUAGGUGAUCUGCACCCCUUGAGGGAUGCUCUACCUGAACUGCAGGAACUGGAGGCCAGUCGCCAGCAGCAGCAAACCAGACGGGUGACCAGCAAGCCCAGGCCAGUGGAGCUUAGCCGGAUGAGCACAGCCCAGAGACAGCAGCUCCUUGACGAAGAAAGGACUCGGUUUCGGGAGCUGCUGGCCAGCCCAGCCUACAGAGCCAGUCCCCUGCUGGCCAUCGGACAGCAGCUAGCACACCAGAUGCAGCUGGAAGGUGGCGAACAGCUCUGACCAGGACAGUAUAUGCUGUGAGAGCCCAGGGACUCAUGUGGGUGGAGGUGCCAGAAGCUCUUGAAUACUGUCCUGGACCUGCAUGGCCACCUCCCCAGACUUGAGACCUAGGGAAGGGGAAGGAAGAGCUGCUGGUGAGGACAAAUAAAGUGGUUUGUGGACUGUGGCUUCCAUGGCCUGGAGCCCAUCUGUGGCUUCACUUCCCGUGAUGAGCCAGCCACUCCUGCAUCUCUGAGGCUGAGCUGACUCUAGGAAAGCUGUCCUGGUUCCCUGCUGAGCAAGCCCAGGGUCCCCAGCCAGCAGGGCAGAGUUGGGAUGGCUGCUCAUGUGGGGAUCGGCAGGGUCUUCAGUAGUGUGAAGCUGGAGGCCUGUCAAGUAGCUCUACCCCUGAGACUCAGCAUGACGUCCCAGCUCUGUUUGGGAUCCUGGUCACAGCAGGGCACCCCGGCUGGCCACCUUGCCUCUCACACUAUUUCCCUUUGGCCAGGCCAUAUCUUGUGGCUUUGACCUCUCUCAGCCCAAGCUCCUCACUGCCUUGUACUACUAUGAGCAGGGAAGCAAAUGGUCCUGCCUAGAGGCAGAGCAGGCCCAGCCUACCAGUCUGUUAGAUGGGUGGCAAGAUGGCCUUAUGUUAGGCAUUAGUGUGUUUUCAGGAUGUGAAAGGUGAGGGCAGCACCCACAAGUCUCACAACUCAGGCUGACCCAUGUUCCCCUCACAUCUGGGAGCUGCUGCCGUGAUUACUAACACACACAUACACCCUCACCCCAAGGGUCUUUAGCCUUUUACAAGGGGACUCACAUGCUCAUAGCUCCCCAGCCCCCAUGAAUGGGGACUGGCAACACUGGGGCCUCGGCCCUUUGCCUGGGAGAGGGCCCCAGUCCUGGUGUGGACACCAUUGGGCUUCUGGUGAAUGAAAGUGGAUAAGAGUAAAUAGGCCUAAGCUGGGUGUGACAAAGCAGGCAGAUUUCUGAGCUCAAGGUCAGCCUGGUCUACAAAGCGAGUUCUAGGACGGCCAGGACUACUCAGAAAUAUUACUUCAACAAGCCUAAUUAAUUAAUUAAUUAAUUAAAAGAGUGAACAGGUCUUGACACAGAGUUAAGUUCCCUUUAUUAGAGGCCAUUCCAGCCAUCUACUGAUGGCACUGGGGCUGCCUUGCUGCGGGGCAGUAGGUUCUCAUUGGGAGAAGCCACGUGUGCCUAAACCCACCUGUGAUGCAGGCGCUGUCCAACGUGGCAGGGUUUUCGGGGUUUCCGUCUGUGUGUUCUCUGUACUGAGGUUUCUAUCAUGUGGCUUCAAGGGACUCUAGUCUGGCCGUGGCUACCACCUCUUCAUGAUGCCUCUGCUGGGUAAGACAAGGCCACCCUUCAGGGUCCUUCUUGGGAGAGCAUUCCACAAGGCCAGCUUCACGUUCAGGUCAGUUACAGCAUGUCAGGGCCCCCGGCAGAGGACACUUUAGUGGACUGAGCAGAAGAGUCAAGCAGACAUCACUGGGACUGCCUCGGAAUCGAUGCAAAUAGUGGUCAGAGAUGACCACCGGCUGACCACUGGCGCUCAGCUGGCCAGAGGCUAGAACUGUGGGCAGGCAGAGGGCUACAGGCUGUGGGUACCCUGUUUCCCUUCAGACAAAGCACGUGGACGGACACAGGAAGCAGAUCCCAAGAAAGCAGCGGAUGAAGGGAAUUUGCUGGGUUUGUGUGUGUUCUAAUCUUUAUAGAAUAAACGUAGAUUACGUGGCA